GAUUUGAAAAUGAAAAAAUACUUGAACAAUUAGUUGUAGAUAUUGAAUUUCAACCAUUUUUAUUUUCUAUAGAAAAACUAUCAGUAAUGGUUUAUGGUUUAGGUAGUUCAUCACAUGAAGAAUUUAUGGGAGCUGGUCCUGGAUAUGUAUCAUCUUUAUCAUAUAAAUAUAACAAAAAACAAAGCAUUUAUGUACAGAAAAUUACAAAUGCGAGUUGUAUUAUUGAAGUUUGGUGUAAUAAUAAGCAAGUAAAUAGAUAUGAAGGAGCGACACCAUUAGAAGUUUGGAAAAAAACAAAUAUUUUGAAGAGCAUGAAUGGCAAUACAUUAUUUGGAUUAGAUCAUAUUAUAACACAAACAAAAUUACGUCAACUGCAUAUUCCAACUU